CUGCUUACCAGAAUAAUAAUAACAACACCAACAACAACAGUACAGCAACAAAAACAAGAACAACCAAAGGCAGAUUUUAACUUUAGUGGUUUGUUUUGAUCCACCGACCGACCACCUGUCCACCUUAAUGGCUUCAAAUGCCGCCGGCACAGUGUCCUCGAAACUUUCGCUGGGCCUGCUGAACUUCAUAUUAGCCGUGAUCUCGGGAUGGGCCCUCAAACACUACAGCAUUGAGCGGCAUGCGCUCGCCGGUUAUGGUUUGUUUUUUGCGCACAGCGUGCUCUGCAUUCUACGCUACACGCAUCCCAAUCCCGGCCAGGUGCAGCGACGCAUUUGCGAGCAAUCCCUACGCUACUCACCGGCCAUUUUCGUCACUCUUAUCAUCGGCCAAAUGCAGAGUAUCAGCGGUGAAUUGGAAUUCUUUGCCGGCAUCGCCAAGUGGCGUCACAUUGUACUCACACUGUACGGCGGCGUAUUGGUGCUUUCCGGCAUACGGCGUUGUCUAAGCGAGAAGUCAUCAUUGGGGCAGCUGCUGGGGAAACUGUUGCGCCUCAAUCACACGGUGUGCGUGCUGUGGAACAUCUAUUGUCUGUGGCGCAUUGCCGUGUUGGAUGAGCACUGGUGGUCAUUGGGAUUGGCGCUUCUUGUGCUGCUCAAUCACUUUGUACUCUGGCGGCUGACAUUGCGUUUCAACAUCAGCACCCUGGAGGUGGACACCGUGGGCAUGUGUUUCUCCCUCAUCUUUGCGAUUAAUGCCAGUCAAGAGUUGAUGGAGAAUACGGCCGGAAGAUGAUCAGGAUGAUGAAGAGGACGAACCAAAAACAUACAUACACAUACAUAUAUUGUUAAACAAUAUGGUUGAUUGAAUGAUGAAUGGAAUGGAAUGAUGGAUUGAUGCUGCAUUUAGCACAAGCAACACUGAGACAUAUUUAUAUAUCUAUAUACGACAUUAAUUAAGAGUUGAUCCCUUUUCUAUAUUAUAUACUACGAAUAUAUACUUGUUAAUCCCACGCGAUGUUUUUUACUCAAUAAAAUUGAACGUUUUUAUAU